CUUCCGUAAAUCGUAGCAAAAAAGCUGUCCCAUAAAGCACCGGCCUUGCUCACCUUUAGCGAUCAGUUUUUGUACGAACGAGCACCAUUUUGCACCAUGUGGAUGAGCGUGAGCUGGGUUGUGACAUUCUUUUGCAUUGCCUCCAUUUCCGGCAACAGUGAAGAGUUACUGCGCGGGAAGGAAAAUUGUCUGCGACAUGAUGAUUUUCCCAGUCCCAAUGAGUGUUGCUCAAAGCCACAGUGGAUCAAUCGCUAUGCGGUUCGUCGCUGUCGAUACAUUCAUGCGGAGGUUGAUGGCAGUCGAUACGAACGAGGCUCGUGUGAAGCAAGAUGUGGACUGUUCAAGAUCAAUAUGACGAUGACCGAUCGCAUCCAGCGGGUGCGAAUUUUUCGCCCCCGACUACAAACACGCGGGGUCGAUCAGCAUUGGAUUGAUGUCGUCCUGAAAGCGCUCAGCUACUGCAAACCGAAACUAACACAGCUCCAAGGCCGUCGGGUUCCCAACGACGAAGAAAUGGAACAGUGUGAAGUAGCGGAAGACAUUUUUGGCGAUUGUGUGCAAGCGCAAAUGUUUAUGCACUGUCCACGAACGACGUGGAUUGAAUCUAGAUCGUGUGAAUCCAUGCGGGAACUAUUGGCUACCGGCUGUCCGUACAAAACGUUGGGUGAAGUAGUCGUGCUGAACGAUGAAGGAUAUGUCAGAGAUGAUCGGGUAAUUGAUGAUGAGUAUGAUCGUUCAUAUCGGGGAGGACGAACGGAACGUCCACGGUACGAUUAUGAUGAUGAUCGGUAUGAUCGACGUAGUCAGUACGAUCAAACUGCUAGCACGUAUCCUAGACGAACAGAGGGAAACCGAGGCAAUACCUAUGGCACUACUGAUGAUAGUUAUGUGGUUUAGUAAAAUAAAAAGCAAAGAAUUCCAGCUCAACAACAUUGCACCCAACAUUGCAUGAAAGCGUUGAACUCGAUAGAAUUGCGUGGGCAACCUGCUUGCAAAGUGUUUGGAAGAAGCUUUUUGGAGGUAAUGUAGGAUAGUCAACUAUUUUAAAAUAAAACUAAAACGAAAUAAAGAUUCUCAGUUUUUCUUUUGUUUGUUUGCAA